GCUCUCUUCUUUCUUUAUCUCCUUCUUCACAUUAUUGAUGCCAUAAUUCCUCUCUUGAUACAACUCUAUAGAAUAUAAUUCUUGUAGCUCAACCAUAAGUGACUCCUUUUUAAUAUUAAUCAUAUAUUUUACAGUUGUGUAUGCAUAGAGUGGGGGUAUUAUAUAAAGGUAUGAGUGAGUGAUGAUUUGAAUGUAAGAGGCAGGGUGUGUUUGCACUUUGCAGUUUGCACACACAACAACACCAACCAAAGUUUGCCACACAACUCAAAUUCAGAUUUGGAGGUGGUGAAGUGUCUCCUUCUCCAAUGGCAUUCAUCAUCAACUACAACAAGCUCUCUCUCUUUCUGUUUCUUGCCACCCUACUCACCCUCUCUCAAGGUGAUAAGAUACCCUGGCAAACCAAGUACCCCUUCAUCCGACCAUCGAGUUCAUUCUCAUCACCAUCACCAUCACCAUCACCACCGUCGUCGUCAGCAAAGUCAAUCCCAUCCAACGGCGGAGGAAAAAAGGAGGAGUAUGACUACAUUGUUGUCGGAGGUGGCUCUGCAGGGUGUCCAUUAGCAGCCACAUUGUCUCAAAACUAUCGGGUGCUCUUACUUGAAAGGGGUGGUGUCCCUUUUGCGAAUAGGAAUGUCUCAUUUUUGUCAAAUUUCCAUCUUACCCUUGCCGACACAUCUGAUUCUUCUGCUUCACAAUACUUUGUGUCAAAUGAUGGAGUCUUCAAUGCAAGAGCUAGGGUUUUGGGUGGUGGUACUUCCAUCAACGCAGGAUUUUACACCCGAGCAAGCACAAGUUAUGUUAAGAGCGUAGGAUGGGAUGCAAAAUUGGUGAAUGAAUCAUACCCAUGGGUCGAGAAGCAAAUUGUUCAUGAACCUGUUUUCGAACCAUGGCAAAGAGCAGUUCGAGAUGGACUUUUGGAUGUCGGUGUUUCACCCAAUAAUGGGUUCACAUAUGACCAUUUGUAUGGUACAAAGGUUGGUGGGACCAUUUUUGAUAAAUAUGGUCGUCGACACACUGCUGCUGAGUUACUAUCUUCUGCAAACCCUCAAAACCUCGAUGUGUUAAUUCAUGCACGAGUUCAAAAAGUUACAUUCGACACAAAUGGGAAGAAACCAAGGGCGAUUGGGGUGGUUUUUAAAGACGAAAAUGGGGACUUACAUGAAGCAUUUAUUUCUAGGAAGCGUGGAAGCGAGGUUAUUGUUACAAGUGGAGCGAUUGGGAGUCCUCAACUGUUAUUGCUUAGUGGGAUAGGGCCAAAAGAUGAUCUUGAGAAACUAAACAUUUCGGUAGUGCAUGACAACGAAUUUGUUGGGAAAAACAUGUCGGAUAAUCCCAUGAACGCCAUUUAUGUUCCUUUUAAUAGACCUGUCAAACAGUCACUGAUUGAAACAGUUGGGAUUACAAAAAUGGGUGUGUUUAUUGAAGCCAGUAGUGGUUAUGGUCAAUCUUCGGAUAGCAUCCAUUGUCAUCAUGGUAUCACUUCAGCUGAGAUUGGACAGCUUUCAACCAUUCCUCCGAAGAAAAGAACAAAAGAAGCGAUUGAAUUGUACAAAAGAAACAAAAAGGAUAUCCCACAUGAAGCAUUUCAUGGAGGUUUUAUCUUAGAAAAGAUUGGUUACCCAAAGUCAAAGGGUGAGCUGAAAUUGAUCAACACCAAUGUCGACAACAACCCAUCUGUUGUAUUUAACUACUUUAGCCACCCUGACGACUUAAGGAGUUGUGUUCAUGGAGUCCGGAUGAUGGAGAAACUCGUGAGAUCGAAACCUUUCCUUAACUUCACUCAGUGUGACAACGAAACUGUCAACAAACUGCUUAAUAUGAGUGUCACUGCCAAUGUCAACUUGAUACCUAGACACACGAAUGACACAGAGUCACUCGAGCAAUUUUGUAAAGACACAGUGAUCACCAUAUGGCACUAUCAUGGUGGGUGCCACGUUGGCAAGGUGGUGAACAAUGAUUAUGAGGUUAUGGGUGUGCAUAGGCUUCGUGUCAUCGAUGGGUCCACUUUUGAGCAAUCCCCUGGCACCAAUCCUCAAGCGACUGUGAUGAUGAUUGGAAGGUACAUGGGAGUGAAGAUUUUAAGAGAAAGGUUACGAAAAGAAGGAUCAUGAAAAUAAAUUAAUGCAAUGUGGAAUGGUGAUCGUGAUGAUGAUGUUAUUUUAAUUUUGUGAAAAUUAAUUAAGAUAGAAAUUCUUUGCAAGGAUUAGGCAUCAAACAUUUAGUUUGAUGGUAUUUGAAUCGGUCUUUUAGAUAUUAUAUCUUUAAGAUAACGACUUCAAAUCCCCUAUUUGCAUUCUUUGUGAGAGAUGUAGAAUAUAUAUUAACUCUGAGACUUUUAAUUCUCCACUCCUAUUGUAUUCUAAGUGCUUUUGAUAUUUAAGUUGGGUACCAAGUUUGGUAGAGUUUCAUUUGA